AACGCCAAACUUAUUUACUAUACUAUUUAUACAAAAAACAAGUUAGCAGGCAGGAACAAAGGAAAUACCUGAAAGUUUUUUAAUAAAAAUGUAUACAUAAUAAAGAAAAACGUGCCACAAAUAAUUUUUACUUAUUAACAGCGUAAUCGGUAGUGUGAGAAAGAAGUUUCUUGAAUUAUUUUACAUCGUUUUUAAAGGUUUUUAAUUACGUGUAUACAAAAAAAAUUUGCGCAUUCAGUGAAGAUGGCAUCUGAAAUUGAAAUUGUGAAUAUAGGAAAUUUGGAGAAAAUACAAAAUUUUCUAAAUGAUUCCGCUUACAAAGAAAUACUUGAGAAUAGUGAAAAUUUCAAUACUCGCCUCUGUAUUGAACGACGUUUACGUAUGCCUUUCUUGGAUACCCAAACGGGUGUAGCACAAACACAUUGUGAGCUCUUCAUGAAGAAGAGACAACGUAUGCCCGGUUUUCGCGAUGGCCAAAUCUACACUUAUCCCUCAGCACGUUGGCGUAAACCGAAGAGACAAUAUUUACUCAAUCAUCAUCAUAGUUAUCGAGCGUAUCAAUAUCGUGAACCACACCACUAUCAUCAUCAUACUAACUCCUCGGCUGCAAGGGACCAUCACCAAUCGGAAAGUGCAGCUAUCGCAGCUGCAGAUGGAAAUUCAAUGAGCGCUUCGGGUGACAAUGAUAGUAAAGACUCACAUCCAAAUGCUGAAAAAGAGUGGUUCCACGAAGAUAUGGAUAUAUCACAUUAUCAUCAUGUAGAUGACUUCGAAGAAGAUUUUGAAUCAGAUAACGAUUUCGAUGAAUCAUACAGUAGUCGUGGCAAACGUAAACGUGGAUCACGUUCGCGAAGAGUAAAUACUACUUUGGAUGGUACCCCAAAACGUGGACGUAAAGCACGCCGACGCACAACUGGUCCUGAUGGUGAAGUUGUUGAUGGACGUCGACGACGUGGUGGUAAUAAUACUGCAGUGGCAGCGGCAUCUGCAGCAGCUGCUGCAGCCGCACAUGUUCCACCUAUAGUUGCUAGCAAUUCAAAUUCAGCUUCACCGAUUGCCACGCAUGACGAGACAUCUCAAUCAUUACUUGGUGUACCGACCACAGUAGUGCCGCAUUUGUCUACACUUGAUAAAUCAACCAGUGAUACUGGUGCUUCAAAUGAUGCUACAUCAUUGGCUAGUACUAGUGCAACAUCACCUGUUGCUCCGGCAACUCUUGCAGGUGCAAUUACACCCGCCAUUAACGCAAGUCCCAAAAAGGAACCUAAGAAUAAAUUACGUGCUGAUCGUGAAAUAGCGCAACCAUCACCGUAUUGUGAUUUUUGUUUAGGCGAUCAACGUGAAAAUAAAAAAACAAAUCUACCCGAAGAGCUGGUAUCAUGUUCAGAUUGUGGUCGUUCUGGACAUCCUACUUGCUUACAAUUCACACCGAACAUGAUUAUUUCAGUGAAGAGAUAUCGUUGGCAAUGUAUUGAAUGCAAAUACUGUUCGAUAUGUGGCACCUCUGAUAAUGAUGAUCAGUUAUUAUUUUGUGAUGACUGCGAUCGUGGUUAUCAUAUGUAUUGUUUGUCACCGCCAUUGAUAACACCACCUGAAGGUUCGUGGAGUUGUAAGCUAUGUAUGGAAGAAUUCCAUAAGGAAAAUCAGUAAAACCAUUAGCGUCAAGCUUAAUGCAGUUGGUAAUCGUUAACAUUUAAUUAUAAAAUGUGGGUAUGUAUGAUUACGUUGCGCUGGACUUUAUUUACAUUAAUCUAUCGUUUAGAUAUACAUAAACCAUUAGACCGGAACAGAAUUAAAAAUUAGUUAUUCGGCAAAAUUUGUAUAGUUAAUCUUGGCGGCUUAUAGAGAAAUUUUUCUCGAUCACUAAUACUUCUAUGACUUUAGUACUAAUUCUAACAGAGGAGAACUUAACUAUUAUUUUUCGUUGCACAGUAACGUAAUUAUUUUUAUAAUUCAUCU